AUGGAUUGUUUGCUUUGGAAUUGUCAAGGGGCGAGUGGAAGGCCGUUUCGCCGCACCCUUAAACACAUUCUACAGGUCUACAAGCCCAAUAUCUUGGGAUUGUUUGAACCCAAGGUGUCUGGUGAUCAAGCUAACAGAAUCUGCUCUCAGCUCGGGUUUUCGGACUGGGUUCGGGUGGAGGCCGUUGGCUUUAGCGGAGGCAUUUGGGUACUUUGGAAGGACCCGGUGCGCAUCUCAAUUGUAUUCACUCACCCUCAGUUUGUUUUACUACAUGUCCAACAGGAUGGGCAACCGCCUUGGGUUUUUGCACCAGUAUAUGGAAGCCCGACGCAUCACCUCAGGCGCCGGCUAUGGCACGACCUAUCUCAAUCGAAACGUGGUCCUUUAGGCCCAUGGUUAGUUGCCGGGGAUUUCAACUACGUCAUGAAAAGAGAAGAAACGGCCAACUAUAAUUCUUUUUCAUCCCAAAGGAGCUCGGAGUUUGCCGCAUGGAUUCAGGAUGAGGGCCUCAUCGAUUUGGGCUUUUCGGGGCCCAAAUUGACGUGGGUCAAAGAAGGUUCGGCUGAAGUCAUCAAGGGGGCUCGGCUUGAUCGGGCGUUAUGCAACCUCGAAUGGCGCAUCCGGUUCCCGGAUGCCUCUGUGGAACAUCUGCAGAGGGUGGCUUCAGAUCACACCCCGCUUCUGAUCAGGUUGUUUGGGGGCCGAAGGGAUACUAUCUCUAACCCGUUCCAUUUUCGUUUUCAGGCAGCUUGGCUCGCACACCAGGAUCUGCCAACACUGGUGCAAAGGUCUUGGGACACGGGAAGAGGGUUGACCGAUAACAUACAGAAGAUUUCCCACGACCUGUCUGACUGGAAUAAAACAAUUUUUGGGAAUAUAUUUAAAAGGAAAAAAGUGCUACUAUCCAGGCUUGGAGGUAUCCAACGGAUUCUUGCUUCUACAUAUCACAGAGGCCUAUGUAAGCUUGAAAAGAAAUUGCAAAUUGAGCUCGAGGAAACGUUGUACCAAGAAGAGCUGUUAUGGUUCCAGAGAUCGAGGGAAGACUGGAUAACAGCAGGGGAUAGGAAUACUGCUUUUUACCAUGCAGCUGCCACGGUAAAUAAAUCACACACUAGGGUGACAAAGCUUCUGGACGAGAAUGGUAACUGGCUCAUUAAAGGUGAAGGGCUACGACAACAGGUCAGGAAUUUCUACAUCUCUCUUUUUACUGACACUUCGGCAGCAACGGGGCCUUUGAAUCUGGAGGCAAGGUUCCCGAGACUUAGACGCAGGGACUGGAGGGUGUUCAAUAGGGCAGUCACCAAGGAUGAAGUAUAUAAGGCUGUUUGCGACAUGAAGCCGUUUAAAGCUCCGGGCCCAGACGACCUGCCAGCGGGGUUUUACCAACAUACGUGGGAAACAACAGGCGAUAGCAUCUUUAAUUUGGUGGCUAAUGCUUUCCAUUUUGGCGAGCUCCCGGAAGGUUUAAAUGAUACCCUCGUCGCGCUUAUCCCGAAAAUUCGCCCCCCGGAAACGGUCAAACAUUUUAGGCCUAUAAGCCUAUGUAAUGUAAGCUAUAAGAUACUAACUAAGACCAUUACUAAUAGAUUAAAGUGUAUCUUGCCGCAGGUUAUAGGGCCGCACCAGAGUUCUUUCGUACCAGGGAGACAAAUUACGGAUAAUGUGUUAGUGUAUCAAGAAGUUAUGCACACCAUGAAGGAGGCGCGUGGAAAACAAGGAUACAUGGCCAUCAAGCUGGACCUGGAAAAGGCCUAUUACAGGCUGUCAUGGGAUUUCAUUAAAGACACGCUGGUUCAGGCAGGUUUUAAUGAAAUCUGGGUUACACUAAUUAUGUCUUGUAUUUCUACAUCCAGGUUGGCUAUUAUCUGGAACGGGGAAAGGCUCGAUUAUUUCAGACCCAAGAGAGGCAUACGUCAGGGAGAUGCUAUGUCACCAGCCAUAUUCGUGAUGUGCAUGGAACGACUGAGUCACUUAAUUUGCUCCGAGGUCGCCGAGAGGGUUUGGAAAGGCAUCCAGCUCGCGCCUGACGGGCCCGUCCUGUCACAUCUUUGCUUUGCUGACGACAUGGUUUUGUUCACCGAGGCGUCGAUAGCCCAAGUUGACAUUGUCCAAAGAUGUCUGGACUCCUUUUGUACGGCAUCGGGGCAGAAGAUAAGCUUAAGUAAAUCUCAGGUCUAUUUUUCAAAAAAUACGGAUCCAGGUGCGGCUGCUGCGAUAACGCACAAGCUGGGUAUAGAGGCGACCUCAGACAUGGGACGGUAUCUAGGUGUGCCUUCAAUUCACGGUCGGGUCACGUGCAAUACUUACGCGGGCCUGUUAGAACGCAUCACGAGCAGGCUGGAAGGGUGGAAGGCCAAAACACUAUCUCUUACUGGAAGGGUCACCUUAGCGAAGUCCGUUCUGAACGCUAUCCCGGUCUACACCAUGCAGACUGUAGAUCUCCCGAAAGGUAUUUGCGCAGAGAUUGAGAAACGAACCAGAAGAUUUAUUUGGGGCACAAAUGCGAUUUCAGGAGGUAACAAGAUGAGCUUAGUCGACUGGGGCCUGGUUACAACAGCGAGAGCGAAUGGUGGUCUCGGGCUACGAAAGAUGCACGAAAUGAAUAUGGCGUGUAUGACUAAACUCUGUUGGAGAUUUAGGACGGAAUCAAGGGCCCUUUGGGCGACGACUUUAGCCACAAAAUAUAAGUGCCAAUCAGAAUCGCGGAUGGACAGCGCUAGUAGAAGAAGCAGUUCAAAUGUCUGGAAAGGCAUGUGUCACGCGAGCAACUGGCUGGAGAAGGGACUUGUGCGGAUAGUGCGCAAUGGUAUGAGUACACGUUUUUGGAUGGACAAGUGGCUCAGGCCAUAUGCUCUGUAUGAGAAGAUGACCCGUCCGGCAAGCUUCCCCGAAUUAUAUUCGAAUGUUGCCGAGUACUGGGAUCACACCAGGGGCUGGAAAUGGGAAGUUAUAGAACAGUAUCUGCCUCCAGAAGAGGUGGACUAUCUGGCAGGUUUUGUUAUGGCGGAGGACGAUGCAACUGACAGUUGGGGGUGGGGCCCAGACCAACGGGGUGUAUUCACAGUGAAGUCUGCUUAUGGGAUGAUUAAUGGAAUACCAGACAGGGACACAGACAAGACCUGGAAGUUGAUAUGGACGAUGAGAGUGCCAGCGAGAGUUUCCAUGUUCAUGUGGCUUGUGCGACAUAAACGGAUUCUCACUAAUUGCGAACGGGCUAGGCGCCAUCUCACCAUUAAUACAUGUUGUUUUCGUUGUGCAGGACAAGCAGAGGACCUACAUCAUCUCUUUCGAGGUUGUGUAGCAUCGAGACAAAUCUGGGAGGAUGCUUUACAUCGGCGAACAGCUGCUCACCUACGCGGAUUAGACUGGACAGAUUGGUUUGAAACCAAUCUUCGAGGAGAUGCCAACCGUGGUUUUCUAGAAGGAUGGCCGGAGCAGUUUGCAUGUCGGAUUUGGUGGCUGUGGCGAUGGAGAAACGACGAAUUGUUUAAUGGAAACAUCUUGCUCGUCGAACAAAAGAUUUCUUGGCUGCGCAGGUACGACAAUGAGGUGGCGGGGGCUUUUGGGAGAAAUUGGCGUCCGCUGAACAGGGCGCCGUGCACGGUUGUUGCACAGCUGGCUUGGAAGAGGCCGUUGGCAGGAUGGUGGAAGCUAAAUGUUGAUGGCUGUUGCAGACAAAACGGUGUGGCGAGCUGUGGAGGAGUGCUGAGAGAUAAGGAUGGCAGGUGGUGCCGAGGUUUCUCGUACAAGAUUGGGAGAUGCUCCAUUGAAGCUGCGAAGGCGUGGGGAGUGUUAAAGGGACUGCAAAUGGCCAGAAACUAUGGCGCCAUGAGGAUUAUCCUUGAGUGCGAUUCGAAGGGUGUGGUAGAGAGCCUGCGAAAGAAAGUUGAUUGGCAGACCCAUUGCCAAAACAUCGGAAAGCUGUGCGUACGAGAGGCGGCUUGCUUGGAGGAGAUCCGGUAUGAGCACAUCUAUAGAGAACAAAACAAGGUGGCAGACAAGCUGGCGUCUCUGGGAGGUCCAAGUGAGAGAGGCAUCCGUAUGUUUGCAGACCCUCCGCCGGAGGUUCUGGAGUUGAUGGACAUGGAUCGAAUUGGAGCUUCAACUCCAAGGAGAAUUGCUCAGGCGACUCGUAAGGGUGGCUUGAUGCUUUGUUUGGAUGCCAAGAGGAGACUGACGAUCAAACCAGACAAGGUGGAAGGGUUUGAACCUCCAUUUAUGAAGUUCUCACCGGUUGUCCAACCUGAUCUUUACGAUGAAAUUCUGAAUAUGGGAAAUUCAGAAUACCUUCACUAUUUGAAGCAACUGACUUUCGGACCGGUUCUACCCCCUCCUGGUUUCGAAGGGCUCUACCAAACCUCCACCUCCACCAGAGCCUCUUCCGAAGUUUCCACCAAGUCUACCAAUUCUUGCACCUCUGCCACAAGAAGUUCCUGCUCCUCCACCCCCUCCUCAGAUGCCGUGUCAGUACGAGAAGAAGUAAGAGGACAAGUGUCAAAAGAAGUAAGAAGGGAUAUACCAGUUGAAGUUGCAGUAGAAAUUGCUACUGGGAGUAGACAACUAAUCAGAGAGGAUUUAUCUAGUGCAUUGGCAGUAAACAAUACCGAGUCUACCGUGCCUAUCAUGGACCCUGUUCUAGAAGAUGAGAAUUUGUAUACAGACACCUGUACCAGAACAGAGUUUUUAGAAGAAGAGAUUGGUGAUCUGAAUCAAGAAGUCGAAUCACCUGAAGAAGAAGAAGAGAUGCAACUUGUAGACACAAUCGUUCUCACUGAUCCGAGAAGGAGUCCAUUCGGAUCUCCUCAAAAUAUUAUGCAGACAAGUGAUCAAGAAGAUGGCAUAUUUACAUCCUUAUUUGCCAAAGUUGCCGAAUCCGGGUGA